UUGUGUUAGAAAGCACUGAGCCUCAGACAGGAGAACUAUCAAAAGGACUUUGCAACUAAACAACGAGCGAGUUUACGCUGAAACACUGCAAGUGAACAUAUACCAUAUUGGAUUACUUAAUUGACAAGGACGUUCUGCAAACCUCGAUUCGGGAAUAUACUCAUUGGAGAUUAUCCUGGAUAUCCUUGUGGAUUAUACAAUUACGGACUUAAAUAUGACUCUGGAAGAACUUGUUGGAUGCAAUAUCACUGAGAAAAAGAUGGAGACCGUGAAUCAAGCACUAGAAGAGCUGCUGGUGGCAGCGCAGCAACAAGACUGCCUGACUGUGGGAGUCUACGAGUCUGCAAAGCUGAUGAAUGUUGAUCCUGACAGUGUUGUGUUGUGUGUUCUGGCGACGGACGAGGAGGACGAGGAUGACAUUGCACUGCAGAUUCACUUCACGCUCAUCCAAGCCUUCUGUUGCGACAACGACAUCAACAUACUGCGCAUCUCCGGCAUGAGGCGCAUCGCUCAGGUUCUUGGCGAGCCAAGCACCGCUGACAGCAACGGCAACGAGCCAAAUGAUAUGCACUGCAUCCUUGUCACUAAUACCCAGUGCCAAUCUCUGAAAUGCCAAGCGUUGCAGGAUAUCGGCAACUACUGCGAGGAGAGCCGCUGCAAGAACCAAUGGGUACCUUACCUGGCCCUGCAGGAGCGCUGAACUAAUGACCCUCGCUGAGAAACGUGAAAGCGAUGAAAAUAAGUAAACAAGUCGUCAUUCUUCAAGAAUGAGAAAGGCGUUCAAGAAGGGGCAUCGUCGACAGGCCUGUGUCUGCCUUGCCCUGGGCCGCUAUCCAGUGACGGAGCUGGGCGUGCGAAGGUUCCGAGGGACAAUGCGUAUGCAACCAUGACGCAUCUGACCCCGUAUUUUUCCUCCGCGGAAAGGAACAGUGUGUGCCGGAGUGGGGCGUAGGAACGAACUGUAGAGAAGUCUCGCUGCUGUUUGCCCAGCCAUGUUGGAGCAACCGGGGGCGGCAGCAUAGCGUGGGAACGGACUUGCAGUUUCGUUAUUUGAGAGGAGGGACAAAGCAACUGUAUCAAUGAGAAUACAGACUUGAAACUGGGUUCAACCCUAUGCUUUCUGACGUGGAAGUGGGUGUGUUUGUAAUUAAAUGCAAUGUGAAUGACUGCAAUGCUCUACAGUUGGAUGUUAUGAGUAACAGUGCAAUGAAGAAGUCUUCAGAGCAACAAUGCCUAUGGAUUGUUAUUGUGUAAAAGAUAUUGAUAUGGUAUUCUGGCUACACUCAUAGCCAGGUGGCUGUCUGUUAAGAGGGUCAAAACAUUGCCACAAUGUAACAAUGUAUUCAUUUAUUUGACAUUGACACAAUUAACUAAUGUAUUGUUAUUAUUUAAGUUGAACAGAGUAAUAUAUAACAGUGAAAUGCAUUGCUGAAUACAAUGUUAAACUUAUUUGAAUAAAUUAUUGAACUGAAA